AUGGAUUCGUUCCACCUUGAAUUAUCUAUUGUCAUUUACACACUCCUAACCGUUUUCGUCGGGAUCUGCGGCGUAAUUGCUUCUUGGUGCCUUCUGAAGCGUAAAGUCACUCCACACUUUGAAACAUCACAUAGAAAUAUCAGGGAAUCGUACAUAUCAAGUCGGAAGUCGGCAGCCAAACGAGUCGAGUUGCUGAGCCACCUUCCAUCGCGCGUGAAGCGACUGCAUGAAAUGCAGCAACUGGCGGAGCUCAGCGCUAAGGAGCGUGAGGCCGAAAUGCUCGCCCGAUGUAAUCAGUUGGCCGCGAUCCUGGAGGUGAUGCAACAACAACCGGAGCACUUUGGUCAAGUCUCACAGGAUGAUCUUUCUGCCCAGCUGUCUGCUUUCUACAGCGCCACCACUGCCCUUGCCACUCCCUCUAUCGCGUGA